GAACUGCAGCUUUCUCUUCCAGUCGGGUUUUGUUUCCCAUUCGAGCGGGGCCUGGCCUCUUCACUGGGCUCCCGCCGCAGCAGCGAUCGGAUGGCGUCUCUCCGCGCACUCGGGGCCUUGCGACGGCACAUCGGCACUCACUUUGUCCGCAGGAGGUUCAGCUUGUUCGGCAGGAGCCGCAACCAGAGCCGGGCCGGGCCUAGGCCAGGAGCAGCGAGCUCGGGUACGGGGCAACCGGGGGUGACCGAACUGGACAGGGCGGAUGCCUGGAUGCUCAGGAAGGCCCACGAAACAGGAUUCCUGUCCUGGUUUCGGAAUGGGUUGCUAGCAACUGGAGUGGGAGUGAUAUCGUAUAUGCAGAGUGACACAGGAAGAGAGGCAGCUUAUGGAUUCUUCAUCCUUGGAGGAGUCUGUAUCUCCUAUGGGAGCGGCUCGUACAUUGCUAACCUCUUCCUGCUGAGGAGGAUGAUGAUGCUCUCUGUGCCAACAGCAUUGGUGAGUGGGCUGGUGGUGGGGGCAGUGGCCCUGUUUUGGCUGUGUGCCGUCUCCCUUUACAUCGGGCGGCUAGAAGUGGAGAUCAUCCACGACGAGGAAUGUGAGGACUGCAAGUCAAAGGAGGACAAGAGCAAAUCGGACAAGUAACGAGAGCAGAUACAGAAAGGAGGCGAUCGGGUGUUGAAAGCUGAAUCUUGCAUAUGUAGAAAUCUGUAUAUACAUAUUAUGGGUGCACAGGAUUUAAAGUUCCUAUGUUGAAGCAAUUAUUGACACAUCAAGGCUAAUUCAUUGGCUAUAAAGCACUUUGGGACAUCAGGCAUCAUGAAGGGCACGAUAUGAAUGUAAAUUCUUUCUUCUAUUUAAUCACUGAACUAAGGAAAAGAAUAUGAAAUUGAUGUUCCCACAGUUGGGGUUCCUUUUUUAUUUUGUUUCUGGAUGGGUUCAGAGAUGUACCAGUCUGGGAAGUUCCUACAUUAAAGUGGCUGAGGUGGGCUGUCUUAUGGAGCAAAGGAUCCACUGGAAGCACACGCUAUAAGAAAAGUAACAAAUGCCCAGUCUGAGUUGCUUAUUCAGUGACCAUCCCCCAAACCUCCUCUAACAGCCCUGUCUGUUUAAUGGAUAGGAUAACCAUUAGGUUUACUGUUAUCCUUUCAUGUGAUUAAAUAGCCUUGCAGUAAGUUACAACUUAUUCAUGGACAGCAACUGCCAGAGCAUACCCAGACUUAGCACCAUCAGGAUAUUGGAAUUGACCAAAGGCCAGCUUGUGACGGGCCAAAUGGCUUUGUGUGCUGCAUCAUUCCCUGGCUUAUUCCUGGCCCCUGUUUGCGAGCCUUUUAUUGCACAUGAUCUUUGACCUGUGCAGCUCUCAUUCAAAGUUUCUGAUGAAGACAACCUCCUUCUUUGGGUUAUUUAUUGAUAUCUCCUUGGUAUUGUGAAAGAGCUGGAUAUUUAAAUGUUGAUUUCACAAGUGGCUUCUUGCAUUCUUCUGCACUUCAACAUGAACAAAUUAAAUAAAAUACAAAUUUAAAAUGUU